GUGGCGCGCCCGCGCGUUCAGCAUGAUGAGGAUUUGUUUAUCAAAAAAAAUGUUUCACAGUCCGAAUGUUUUUGUUUUUUGCAAUUAAUGAAUCGUGAAGCAAAGACUGAAACAUGUGGAUAUUGACUCCUCAGCAGUCUGGAGGUGCAGCUUUCUAUCUCCUCCCUGGUAAAACGUGCGUCGUUGGCCGUAAGGCUUGUGACAUCCUUCUCCCCAGUGACCAAUCCAUCAGCAGGUCUCAUGCUCAGCUUACUGUGACUGAGCAGACCCUGACACUUAAGGACACGUCCAAAUAUGGAACCUUCGUUAACAAUCAGCAGCUAACGGCGCCCGUUGAACUGUCAUCGGGGGAUAAUGUCACAUUUGGCGUUUUUCAUAGCAAAUUCACUGUGGUGUUUCUAGAGAAGCCAGUGGUGUGUUCGUCAUGUUUGGAUGCUGCUGGCAAGACAUCGCUUUCUGAGGCCCUUUCAGCUAUGGGGGGGAAACUGGUGAACAGCUGGACUCAGGACUGCACCCACCUGGCCAUGCCAACUGUUAAAGUCACCAUAAAGACCAUCUCUGCUCUGCUGUGUUGUCGCCCCAUCGUGAAGCCAGAGUACUUCUCAGAGCUGAGCAGCGCCAUUAUGCAAAAAUCUGCCCCUCCCAAAGCAGAGAGUUAUGUCCCCGAGAUCGAUGAGCCCAGCUUGAGUAAAGAGGAUGUUAACCUUGGAUUGAUGCCAGCUCGGAAACAGCUUUUUACUGGAAAAACCUUUAUUUUUCUCACUACCAAACAGCUAAAGCGACUGAGCACAGCGGUGAGUUUUGGAGGAGGCAGAAGUCAGCUGCUGGAGGAGGGCUCCCUCCCCCGCGACCUGCUGGAGUCUCCUCACAGCUGCGUGGUUGAGGUCACCUCGGGCAGCUCCCAAAAUCUCCUCUCUCCUUCAGCCACAGAGUGGGCGAACUCUGUGAAGAAUGUCGUCCACAGAAAAGGUCUCAGAGUCAUCACAGAGUCUGAAAUCGGUCUAGCUGCCAUCUACGCUUCUUGUGACAAAUACUGCAAUCCAUCCCAUUUGACCAGAGACUUAGAACCUGCAUCUGAAAUACCACCCAGAAUCCCAAGUGCUUCACUUUCACAAAGCAUGACUGUGGAUGAAACUGUUCUAGCUGCAGCGUCUCAGAACGUCACAGCCUAUGCAGCCAACACGGAGACGUCACAGAGGAUGGAAGUUUGCAAUGUGACCGGAGUUGUAGCUGUGGGAGAAACUCCUGAAAAGAAGCAGAAUGUAGCCAAGUUACCCGGAUCCAAGCUCAUGGCGGAGAAAAGGGCCACAGAUUCCAUGGUGGAGGACACAAUGAGCUCAUCUCUCAGUGCUGGCGGCAACACUGACUCACAGGGAGUGAAACCAAAACCCAAACUAAAAGGUUUAGGGGGCAACACCUUCAAAUCCCCGCUGGCUUCUCCUAGAACCAAUGGAGGCAGCAGGCCGUUCCUGCAGAAACAGUCCCCACAGAAACAGAGAGCUCCUGCACACACAUCCCCACAGAAACAGUCCACUCUGACCAGCUUCUUUCAGCCUGCCAACAAGAAAAGACCUUUAGAGGAAGAUUACUCAGCGGUCGUGUCUGCACCGAAGCGGCCGGCACCUGAAUCAACCAUCACUUCGCAGGAUACAGACUCACCUAGAGUCUCUGGAAAAAAGGCCUCACUUCCCUGCGAUGGACCUUUAGCUGUGUGUGAGACUCCGCUUGAAUCUUUGGAGGAUUUUCAUGCUGAGCGAGCAGACGCUCUGGCAGAUCAACGUCUAAGCAGAAAGAGGAAGGAGAUGGAGGAGGAGAUAAAGAUGGAGGAACUGGAGUCCUUAAUGUCAGAGGAUAUGGACGUCUUCUGUGAUGAGCCCCCAAGCCGUCAUUGCCAGAAGGAGCAGUUAAUGGUGCCCAGUUUGGACAAACAUAAGCAAAGUUCACACACUGCUGCGGCCUCGACUAAGAAGCAGCGCCUGCAAAGUGAAGGAGCCACACAGAGACCUGAUUUACACCUGGAAAAGGAGAGUUCCAAACAAAACCAGAGGGGAGAGUCUGUCUCCAGUAGGAUAGAGCGGCCUCGUCUUACAGAAAACCCUACGCCUUAUCCUGACUCCAAUAAACCUCCCAGCAAGGCUCCUAGUAGUCCAACUAGGUCUAUUGAUUUUAAAGAUGACGAGUCAUUUAUUGAGGAUGUAGAGCUACUCCAAGUAGAUCUUACCCAGCCAGCAGAAGAGACUAAAGCAUCUGAUAAACCCGUAAAGAUCAAGGAGGAGGUGCAAGAGACUAAGAUCGAUCCAGACCUUCCCAAGCAGCUGCUGAUGGUUGAGUUCAGGUCUCUCACUGUUUCUGUGCCCACAAAACCCAAAGCGGGACAGGCCCAGCAGAGCGGGCACGCCAAGAACUUCAAGUGUUUCCGAAAGAAACACCUUCCAGGCUCAGAGAGUUUCCCUCACAUCAUCGGAGGAUCUGAUCUGCUGGUUCACAACAGGGGGAAGAACUCUGAUAUGGACGAAUGGCUAAAAGACACAGCUGAGGAGGAGCGUCAGAACAGGAGAGAUGAAGCUAUAGGAGACGAUCUGUUCAGGUACAACCCAACCAAACUAACCAGGAGAAGAUGAAGUGCCCUCAUCAUUGCACUCCAGCCUUUGGCUUUUGAAAAUCAUUU